ACUCUUGGGGAUGCAAUUGCAUCCAAUUCAAUUCUAAUCCCAUCUAUGAAGCGCUGCCCGUUAAUAGCACGACAAUGCCAUUUCCCAAUAAAAACAGAACAACUUUCCCGCGACCGUCACGACACACGCCGUUACAUGCCAAUCCAAUCUCUCUUCGACAGCGUUAACGCCGUCUGCACCCCACCUCCCCUGUCCCCAGCCGCCUUUAUUUAUCACCGGCUGUAUCCGGUCCCAAAGCCCAGAGUGACCGCCAAAUGCCGGUCCCCUCCACAGAGAUUGGUUAAAGGAUUGACCGCGGUUGAAAUCAUUGCACGCUGUUUUGACCACUCUGGUUAAGUCCCCUUCCCCUCACAAAAUCCACACACCCUUCUUCUUCUGCCUCUGCUUUCCCUGCAACAACAACAAAGUAGGAAAUAAAAAAAAGAAAAAGGAAAAGAAAAAUCUCAAACUCUCGUGAUUGUGGAUUUGGAUUGCUUCUUCACGAGCUCUGUUCUUAGUUCUGAGCUUGAAGAUUAGUUAUUCGCGUGAAUUUUAGAGUUUGUUUGUUUUAGAAGCUGCGAGCGAGGUUUUACGGCUGUAGAAUUUCGCGAGGAGUGUUUCGGAUGAGAGAUCUGUGGUGAGGUUUGUGGAAAUGGCAUCAUCGGAGGUGACGAUGAACGGAAAUUGCUUGAACCAUAACGAUGCUAGUAGGAACGCUGCUACAGAGACUCAGAAUGCUCAUUCGCCGACCACCGCGAAAGACGCGGAAGUUGCACUUUUCAGGGAACUGUGGCACGCCUGUGCCGGUCCUCUUGUAACUGUUCCACGGGAAGACGAACGCGUCUUUUAUUUUCCUCAGGGACAUAUUGAGCAGGUGGAGGCGUCGACAAAUCAGGUGGCGGACCAACAUAUGCCGGUUUACGAUCUCCCACCGAAGAUCCUUUGUCGGGUCAUCAACGUGCAGCUGAAGGCCGAGCCGGACACGGAUGAAGUGUUUGCCCAGGUCACCUUACUUCCCGAGUCAAAUCAAAAUGAGAAUGACAUAGAGAAGGAGCCUCCGCCACCUCCGCCGCCGCGAUUUCACGUUCAUUCAUUCUGUAAAACACUGACGGCCUCGGAUACCAGUACCCAUGGUGGGUUUUCCGUACUGAGACGGCAUGCCGAUGAAUGUCUUCCUCCUCUGGACAUGACGAAGCAGCCACCCACCCAGGAAUUGGUGGCUAAGGAUCUGCACAGUAAUGAGUGGCGAUUUAGACAUAUCUUUCGGGGUCAACCCCGUAGGCACUUGCUUCAGAGUGGUUGGAGUGUUUUUGUCAGCUCCAAAAGGCUUGUCGCUGGGGAUGCAUUUAUAUUUCUUAGAGGUGAGAAUGGGGAGCUUCGUGUUGGUGUCAGGCGAGCAAUGAGACAUCAGGGGAACGUUCCAUCCUCAGUUAUAUCUAGCCAUAGUAUGCACCUUGGGGUCCUUGCAACAGCUUGGCAUGCCAUCAGGACGGGGACCAUUUUCACUGUUUAUUACAAGCCGAGGACCAGUCCUGCUGAAUUUAUUGUUCCGUACAAUCAAUAUAUGGAGUCCCUCAAAAAUAAUUAUACCAUAGGGAUGCGAUUCAAAAUGAGAUUUGAAGGUGAAGAGGCUCCAGAGCAGAGGUUCACUGGUACCAUUGUUGGAAUAGAAGAUGCUGAUCCCAAAAGGUGGAGAGAAUCCAAAUGGAGAUGCCUCAAGGUGAGAUGGGAUGAAACGUCCAACACUCCUCGUCCAGAGAGAGUUUCCCCUUGGAAAAUAGAGCCGGCUAUUGCUCCUCCAGCUUUGAAUCCCCUUUCAAUGCCCAGGCCUAAAAGGCCUCGGGCUAAUGCUGUUCCAUCAUCCCCAGAUUCCUCCGUUCUUACUAGAGAAGCAUCAUCUAAAGUAAGCAUAGACCCUUCACCAACAAAUGGGUUUCCAAGGGUCUUGCAAGGUCAAGAAUUCACGACCUUGAGAGGCAAUUUUGCUGAAAGCAAUGACUCUGAUACUCCUGAGAAGUCUGUUGUUUGGCCACCUGCAGUAGAUGAUGAAAAGAUUGAUGUUGUUUCUACUUCAAGGAGGUAUGGUUCAGGGAGCUGGAUGUCAAUGGGGAGGAAUGAGCCAACAUAUUCAGAUCUUCUUUCGGGCUUUGGGGCCAGUGGAGAUCCUUCUCAUUCGGCCUUGAUUGAUCAAAUGACUACUGUAGCUUUUCCUGCUAGAAAGCAAUCUUGGACUGUAAUGUCCUCUGGUCUCUGUCUGAACAUCUUGGACCCUAAUACAAAAGGUUCUGCACAUGGUGGUGAUACAACUUACCAAGCUAGAGGGAAUUUGAAGUACAGUGCAUUUGGUGAAUACCCUGCACUGCAUGGUCAUAAAGUUGAGCAUUCGCAUGGAAACUUGAUGCCUCCCCCACCCACACCCCUAACUCAAUAUCAGAGUCCUCACUCAAUAGAGCUUAUGUCAAAACCAGUGUCAGUGAAAACUUAUGAGGCUGUGAAACCAAAAGAUGGUGACUGUAAGUUAUUUGGCAUCUCCCUUAUCAGUAGCCCUGUAGUACCUGAGCCUUCUGUUUCACAAAGAAAUGUGAGUGAUCCAGCUGGUCAAAUGCCUCUUACAUCACACCAACAAAGAACAUCUGAAAAUGAUCAAAAGUCAGAUCACUCAAAGGGCUCGAAACUAGCAGAUGGUCUAGUUGUUGAUGACCAUGACAAGCCAUUACAGACUUCUCAGCUGCAUAUGAAAGAUGUUCAAGCCAAACCUCUUGGUGGUUCUGCUAGGAGUUGCACUAAAGUUCACAAGAAGGGGAUUGCACUUGGUAGGUCAGUGGACCUUGCAAAGUUCAGUGGCUACAAAGAAUUGGUUGAUGAAUUGGAUGAGCUGUUUGACUUUGAAGGAAAAUUAAAGUCAACUGAAAAAGAUUGGCUUAUUGUCUACACUGACAAUGAGGGUGAUAUGAUGCUUGUAGGCGAUGAUCCAUGGCAGGAGUUCUGUGGCAUGGUUCGGAAAAUUUUUAUCUACCCUAAAGAGGAGAUUCAGAAAAUGAGCCCAGGUACCUUGGGUUCAAAAAAUGAAGAGAACCAGUCGGCUAGUGAAGGUGCAGAUGCUCAAGACAUUAAAUGUCAGCCACAACAGGAGUUAAACUCAGAUAAUGGCCUUGACGCCUGAUCAUUAGUAGAUUGAUUUCCAUAGCUUUCAGAUUCCGGGCUGGAAAGUAGGGAACUGUCAUGAAGCCAUUCAGUUGGAAGAACAUGACUUGAAGAUGAAUGUAAUCGAGUUGGAAUCAAUAUAGAUGACUUGAAAGAGUAUCCAUCCAAUUUUGGACAUCCCGGAUCUAGUAGUUUAUGCCUGCCCGUUAUACACUCCUAAUCUGUAAUCUGUGUUUUGAGCGAGGUGAUAUGGGCUGAUAUCCAUCUUCCAAUUUUCAACAAUCCUUCCUUGUUAGUUGUACAUAGUUGUUUCUCUCCCGCCCGCUGAACACCCAACCCAUUAAUGUAAUGAAGUUCAUUUACAAGGGCAGCCUUAUGGUUGGUAUCCGGUUUAUUUGAUUUUAAUUUUGAUUCCUAUUAAUCAUAAUUUGUGAGAUGGAAAUUGUGGAUAUUCCAUUUUACUUGAUGUAUAAUUAUUUUGUUCAAGUUAAAACAUUUGUCUGUACCUCGUGUUUGGGGAGAGGUCAGUUGGCCACAGGGAUUCCGUGUGAAUGGCGAACUUGGAAUGGUGGUGUCAUGUUAGACUCAAAAGUGAUAUGUAUGUGUAAAUGUGAAACCAGAUGAAAUGGACACUAGUUAUGUGUCAUCGCUUCCUUGGACAUUUGUAGUGAGGCUACGUGAUGAAGCGGCAUUCUAGGAAGCACGAUAUUUCAAGGUCUAUUAGUUUCUUUUGGGUGGAGUCAAUAGGUCAAUUAGUAUCUGGAAGUGGCGCAUUAUUAAUGGUACUCAUCAGCUACUUUGUGCUACCCUAGGAUUUCACUCCAUUUGUCUUUUUAGAUUAAAAAGGAAGCUCCAAUGGGAAUCGUUUUAAUUUUGCCGAUUAUACUGCAGAUUCAAUCUAUCUUUUCUGUUUCUCCGCUACCUUUCGGUUUUAAAGGGGAAGAUACAUUAAGUGUGUGCUGACCAUAAUCGGGGGAAGAAACACAGAGAAUCGCUUUCUGAAAGGUUUUGUCCUUUCUGAAAAUUGAGUAAAGAGGACAAUAGGUUGGUCAUACAAAUAAUACAAUGUUUCACAUCAAAACGCGUCU